CCACGGCUUCACGGCUCCACGGCUCCACCCCACGGCUCCCACUGCACCACCAGCCAGACACGCAUGACAUAGCACGCUGCUUCACUCGCAACAAUGGGCUCCCGCUGCCUCGGCGAGCUGCUGCUCCGCCCCUCCACCCUGGCCCGCAUCUCACCACUACCACGCCGGGCCAUCUCGACACCACGCCAGACCAUUGCCCCGUCAUGGACAGCCCGCAGCCUCUCCAACACAUCCAGGCCGCCCGCCCCCCAGCCUGCCCUCAAAGUGCAAGAGCAAGAGGCCGACGAUGACGCUCCACGACGCCCCCGCCGUGCCUCCAACGCCGAAACCUCGCAAGCAAUCGACUCGCUCUUCUCAGGCCUGCCUGAUACCCGCCCCCGCCCCCCGCAGACAGCCUCCAGCGAUCAACUCCGCGCCGCCCGCGCCUCGCACAUCUUCGGCAGCGAGUUCAGCUCGCCGGGCCGCGGCCGCUCCCGCAGGCCCCCCGGCCUAAACUUCGAUGACAUGACUAUGCCCGACGAGCUGGCCAACCCCACCCUGGCCAACAAGCCCGUCGACACAUCGCUUGCCCAGCAGCAGGAGGAGACGUUUGCCAACUACCCGCGUCUGAACCCCACGUACGGGAGGACCGUCGACUUGGAUGCGAGUCGUGGGAGAGACAUUGUGCGGGGGAUUGGCAUGCUGGGGAGUUUGGUGGCCAGGAAUCACAUCAGGAAGGACGUCUCCAAGCAGAAGUUCCACGAGCGCGGGGGGUUGAAGAGGAAGCGGUUGUUGAGUGAGAGGUGGAGGGCGAGGUUCAAGAAGGGCUUUGUGGCCGUCACCGCAAGGGUGAGUGAGCUGACCAGGAAGGGAUGGUAAACAUCUGACUGGGUGUAUCGAGACAUGGAGGAUUGAAGUGUGAAUUGAACUGUAGAUAUGAUCGGACGUCGACAUGGAAUGUACGAUUCUGAAUGUAUUCAUGUGUAUAUGUGUACAAUAUAGAAAUACAAUCCAGCUUUGCAUGUUGGAAUACCCACACCAGAUCAAAGAGAACACACUA